UAUUGAUAACCCUGGACGAUGUCAUAGACAACAUGCUGACUAUGUACGAGAAUCACAACUCCAUAGCAGCUGAAAGAAAGGCCACGUACUCUGGCGGCCCAGUCCCAAUGGAAUUCUAUCUGAGUCAAGAAUACCGUUGCGGCAAGAACGUGUACAUAUUCGUAUCAGAGCUGUACAGCGACAUCUACAACAUGGGCCGCGGGCCGGCGCCAUUUUGUAAAGACCGCUCGUUCGUGUUCAUGGGCUUCCUACAUUACCACGACGAGCAGAAAUACUAUUUAAUUGAUGACCCUAGUGUUACGUUCCCUACUGACAACUACUUGCAUGGGCUUGAGUGUCAUAUUGGCAUCUGUAUCUUCAGGUUUCCCUUCAAAAAGCUCCUUCAGAAAGAGCGUGACGUGGUAACACUCCCGAAAGCCAUAGUGAAGUGCGGACUAGUCAUGUACAAACUACCUCCCUUAUCGGCCGCGUCUUGUAUCAUCGCCUCCGGGUCGUUCAUACUGGACUUCAAUGUUCAGGGCCUGCGGUAUAGACAUCAUGAUUUUUUGCUGACGAUACCAAAUGGAGGUCCAUACUACACCAAAGAGCGAGGAACGCCGCUGGUCUGCAAUCACCACGUUUGUGAGUGGAACUACACCAAUCAUUAUGGAGGUCCAUUCCUGAUCCCCGGCGACCCUGGCAGCGGCAUUGACCCCGUACCCCCCUACGUGGAAGCCUCCACCAAACCCCCAGAAGUCGAGGAGGCGGAGAACAUAACUAUACCUUAUAUCCUAGAAGGCUGCCUAUUCAUGUACCCGCCCAACUACGGGUCCAUCGCUGGCAAGAGCUACAUGGACCCCGUUGAUAUGCACGAAGACCGGUUCACUUGUAAUGCUGCAGGAAACAAGGGUCUAUACUGGUACCCGCAAUGGAUGGGCGCCAUGCCGCACCACCCGUACACGUCCAUCCACAUGGACAGCGAGCACCAGGCGGUGGCGCCGCCCGGCGCCGUCGUGUACCCCCACCAGCAGGAGUUCGAGCGGGAGGAGCUCGCCGAUCUAGACUAGAAUACGGACUAUUGAAUCUAGAAUCAAAUAACUUCAACAAUCGACAAUGAUCCAAUUAAAAACUUUUUUUUUUUUGAGAAUUCUCGAUUCCGAGACGCAGAUUUGAGUCUCGGAAUCGAGAAUUCUAUAACAAUCUCUAUUACGAGAAUUCUCGAUUCCGGCACAAAAAUAUGUAUCAUGUAAUCGAGAAUUCUUUGAUCAUCAAUUCUUGGUAUCUUCUAACUCCUGUAACUGGUCUAUUUUUUUUUUAAAUAAAUAAUAAAUUACU